AUGCUGGGUAGAUUGUCUAGUGCGGAAACCAGAAGGUAUUUCUCAAGCUCUCAAAAUGUUAGCAAGAAAUUGAAUAAGUUCUCUCACAUCAUCACUGAACCAAAGGACCAAGGUGCUUCGCAGGCCAUGCUUUACGCCACUGGCUUCAAGGACGGCGACUUUGUUAAGCCACAGGUCGGUGUUGGAUCUUGUUGGUGGUCUGGUAACCCAUGUAACAUGCAUUUGAUGGAUUUCAAUCAUCGUAUCACGGCUUCCGUGAACAAAGCCGGCUUGAAAGGUAUGCAGUUCAACAGUAUUGGUGUUUCUGACGGUAUCUCUAUGGGUACCAAGGGUAUGCGCUACUCGUUGCAAAGUAGAGAAAUCAUCGCCGAUUCUUUUGAAACCAUCAUGAUGGCACAGCACUACGAUGCCAAUAUCGCUAUUCCAUCGUGCGACAAGAACAUGCCUGGUGUGCUAAUGGCUUUCGGCAGACACAACAGACCUUCUAUCAUGGUCUACGGUGGUACUAUCAUGCCAGGCCACCCAACUUGCGGGUCGCAAAGCAUCCCUAAAGACAUUGACUUGGUCUCUGCGUUCCAAUCGUACGGUCAAUUCUUGUCGAAGUCUUUCACGGAACAGGAACGUUCGGACGUUGUCAAACACGCAUGUCCCGGCCCAGGUUCGUGUGGUGGUAUGUACACUGCUAACACCAUGGCUUCGGUGGCUGAAGUCUUGGGUAUGACCAUGCCCAACUCCUCGGCUUUCCCUGCCGUAUCCAAGGAAAAGUUGGCUGAAUGUGACAAUAUUGGUGAAGCUAUCAAGAAUACCAUGGAAAUGGGAAUUUUACCCCGCGACGUUAUGACCAAAGAAGCUUUUGAAAACGCUAUCACAUAUGUGGUUGCUACCGGUGGCUCCACCAACGCCGUGCUCCAUUUGGUUGCAGUUGCCCACUCUGCCGGCGUCAAGAUCACUCCUAAUGAUUUCCAACGUAUCAGCGACAAGACUCCAUUGUUGGGUGAUUUCAAACCUUCCGGGAAAUACAUGAUGUCAGAUCUCAUCAAGAUUGGCGGUACUCAAGCUGUUAUCAAGUUCUUGUACGAGCAAGGCCUCUUGAAAGGUAACACGAUGACUGUCACUGGUGAAACUUUGGAACAACGUGCCGCCAAGACUCCAAGCCUACCUGAAGGCCAAGACAUCAUCAAAUCUAUGGCUCAUCCUAUCAAACCUCAAGGUCAUCUACAAAUCCUAUACGGUUCUUUAGCUCCAGGCGGUUCUGUCGGUAAGAUUACUGGUAAAGAAGGCACAAUCUUCAAGGGUAAAGCUCGUGUUUUCGACGAAGAAGCAGGCUUCAUUCGCGCUUUAGAAAACGGAGAAAUCAAGCAAGGCGAGAAGACUGUCGUGGUUAUCAGAUACGAAGGUCCAAAGGGUGGCCCUGGUAUGCCCGAGAUGUUGAAGCCCUCCUCCGCCUUGAUGGGCUACGGUUUGGGUAAAGAUGUCGCGUUGCUAACCGAUGGUAGAUUUUCUGGUGGCUCUCACGGGUUCUUGAUCGGCCACAUCGUUCCAGAAGCCGCCGAAGGUGGUCCAAUUGGUUUGGUCAAAGACGGUGAUGUGAUCACCGUCGAUGCCGAGGAGAACAGGAUCGAUGUUGACGUCAGUGAAGAAGAAAUGGCCCAACGUAAAGCGCAAUGGGUUCCACCUGCUCCUCGUUACACUAGAGGUACACUAUCCAAGUACGUGAAAUUAGUUUCCAAUGCCUCCCUUGGUUGUGUCACGGAUAGUGACAAAUAA